GGUGAGCAACGGGAGCCACUCGCACCGAGCGACCCACCCAUCCUCCCCCCACGCCCAAAUGCUGGCGACCACCUGCCGCGCGCCGCCGUGCCCGUGCGCUCGGCCGCGGCCGCUCCCCGCGGCGAGCUGUUCCAGCGGCUAUGGCAUUGGGCGCGUUCGUAACCCGAGGCGAAGGGCGCCGAGGAGAGCGGCGGUGGUGCGAUGCGGGCUGCUGCCCGUCGACCCGUGGGCGCCGACGAUGGACUCCCAGAGCGUGGCGUCGCAGCUCUUCGCCGUGUCGCUGUUCCCCUACCUGGGCUUCCUUUACUUCAUGACCAGGUCCAAGACGGCGCCGGGGCUCACGCUCUUCGGCUUCUACUUCCUCCUCGCCUUCGUCGGCGCCACCAUACCUGCUGGGAUUUAUGCGAAAGUUCAUUAUGGAACCUCACUGUCUAAUGUUGACUUUCUGCACGGGAGUGCAGAAUCACUACUUACUCUUACCAACUUAUUUAUCGUUUUGGGGCUGAGAGGAGCCUUGAGGAAGCGUGAAGAUGAUGACGCAAAGGAGAGCAUUUCUGAAGCUUCUCAAGGCAGUAAAGAAAAAAGUUCUGCCUAGAUAGUUCUGUCAGUGCCCUCAUGGUGCAUAUAGUGAUGUAGGAGUAUAUAUAUUUCUUCUGCUGAACUAGUUAAUAAGGUUUUGGUAUAAGAACUCUCGCAGAUUUGCGUGAUACAGAAUAAUGGAGGAGCUACUGCAAUUCCAUGUAGUUGUAGUCUCAACUGUCAAGUACUCGAUUAUAUAAGGAGCAAUUGUACUGCAUUCCAUUGGAUAACUAUUCACAUUAUAAGUGCACCGACGUGAUUAC